AUGAUCAACGGUCAGACUGUCGCCGCCGCAGGCAAGCGUAUUGUGCGCAAGUGGACCACCAAAGAAGGGUUGUUUGGUGAUUAUGACUACAAAUAUUUAUUCGUUCCUGACAUUCCCUUCUCCAAAAAAGUUCCCAAAACCCAGCCGUUUUUCGGGUUAAAUUCAGACAUGCCUAUAGUAUUGGGGUUCAUCUUGGGGUUCCAGCACUCGUUAUCGAUGUUGGCUGGUGUGGUAACACCUCCUCUUAUCAUUGGUGGAACCGCAAACUUGUCCGAUGAGAUCACCGAAUAUUUGGUUUCCGUUUCCCUCAUUGUUUCCGGGCUUUUAUCAUGUAUUCAAAUCACCCGGUUCCACAUAUACGGCACCCCGUACUACAUAGGCACUGGUUUGCUCUCGGUGGUGGGCACGUCGUUUGCCACCAUCACCAUUGUCACCAAAGCUAUCCCACAAAUGUACGCCGACGGCUUCUGCAAAACUGUCGAUGGCGUUCCCCAGCCGUGUCCUGAGGCUUACGGAAGAAUCUUGGCGUCAGCUAUAGUGUGCUCGCUUCUUGAAAUGUUCCUUUCGUUUUGUCCGCCCCGCAUAUUGCAAAAGGCAUUUCCACCAAUUGUCACCGGUCCAGUGGUUUUUUUGAUCGGUGCGCACUUGGUAGAAACCGGACUCGAGGACUGGGUCGGUGGGUCUGGAUGCAUGACAGAUUCCAACGGGAACGUCCCUGGCAUGUGUGGAGACGCCCAUGUGUUGCCAUGGGGUUCAGCCCAGUUUGUGGGGUUGGGUUUUUUGGUUUAUGUCACCAUCAUCAUCGCGGAAAGAUGGGGCUCGCCAAUCAUGAAAUCGUGUGCGGUUAUCGUCGGUUUGCUUGUCGGUUGUAUCGUGGCUGCCGCAUGCGGAUACUUUUCUCACGCCUCCAUUGACGCUGCGCCGGCCGCCACGUUCAUGUGGGUGCAUACUUUCAAGCUCGAAGUGUACGGUCCGGUAAUUCUUCCGUUUUUGGCCGUCUAUAUUGUUUUGAUGAUGGAGGCGAUUGGAGAUAUCACCGCUACUUCUGAUGUCUCCAGGUUGGAAGUGGAGGGAGAAUUGUACGACUCGCGGAUCCAGGGCGGAAUUUUGGCCGAUGGGCUCAACGGUAUGAUUUCGGGGUUGAUGACGGUGACUCCCAUGUCGACAUUUGCCCAGAAUAACGGUGUGAUUUCCAUCACCAAAUGUGCCAACAGAAGGGUUGGAUACUGGUGUGCAUUUUUCAUGAUUGUUAUGGGAAUUUUUUCCAAAUUUGCAGCCGCCAUUGUAUCCAUUCCUAAAGCGGUUCUUGGUGGUAUGACGACAUUUUUGUUCACAUCGGUGACGGUUUCUGGUAUCAAGAUCAUUUCCACCACCGAGUUCACCAGAAGAGACAGGUUCUUGUUGACGGCGUCGUUAUUGCCCGGACUUGGUGCUACUUUGGUACCCAAUUGGUUCUCGUUUGUGUUCACGUACGGUGGAGACAAUAAAGCAUUAAAGGGAUUUUUGGAUGCUAUAGUUUUGGUUAUGGAGACCGGAUUUGCCGUCACCGGUUUCUUGGGUAUCUUUUUGAACUUACUUUUGCCUCAAGUGGAGGAUGAAGUGGAGGAAAUCAACGAGGUGGUUUUGGAGACGGUGGGGUCCGCCGACCAAAGAGGAAUGGAAUUGUACGCACAAAAAGAAGGCAUGAAGUUGGAGUCUAUCCGGUCACGACAGAUGACGUCGUCUCAAUAA